AUGAUGGCGACUGGAACGCCAGAGUCUCAAGCGCGGUUCGGUCAGUCCGUGAAGGGGCUUCUCACGGAGAAGGUGACCACCUGUGGUACUGACGUAAUCGCGCUCACCAAGCAGGUGCUGAAGGGCUCCCGGAGCUCCGAGCUGCUAGGUCAGGCAGCUCGAAACAUGGUACUCCAGGAAGAUGCCAUCUUGCACUCAGAAGAUAGUUUAAGGAAGAUGGCAAUAAUAACAACACAUCUUCAAUACCAUGUUGAACAGUCAUCGGAUCUACAGGACCAGUUGAAUCAUCUGUUGAAAUAGAAUGACAUGUAAGAGUGCUGUAGGACUCCUUUGCCUAAUGCUGAGGAGUAAAUACCUUACACAGCUGUCCUCUGGGCUUGGUUUUCUAUUUUCUUCUCCAAAAGUUAAGUUAGAAAAGUUCUGUGUUAGGGCCGGGCGCGGUAGCUCACGCCUGUAAUCCCAGCACUUUGGGAGGCUGAGGCGGGUGGAUCACGAGGUCAGGAGUUCGAGACCAGCCUGGCCAAGAUGGUGAAACCCCCGUCUCUACUAAAAAUACAAAGAAUUAGCUGGGUGUGGUGGCGGGCGCCUGUAAUCCCAGCUACUCGGGAAGCUGAGGCAGGAGAAUCGCUUGAACCCGGGAGGUGGAGGUUGCAGUGAGCCAAGAUCGCGCCACUGCACUCCAGCUUGGGCGACAGAGUGAGAUUCCGUCUCAAAAAAAAAAAAAAAGAAAAAAAAAAAGAAAAGUUCUGUGUUGAUGUACAGUUUCUCCUAAGAAGAAGCGAGGUGGUUGAAUUUUGGAAGCACUUCUUGAAUCAGAUUAACCCAUGCUCUUAUUGAAUUUUUUCAUCUGCUCUGUUUAGUUUGAUAUUAAAGCAAAAUUAAGAGGUCUUAGUUUUUCCUGUAGAACUUUUAAUAUGUCAAAAGCUAUAUUGUCUAAAUUUCAGUACUUAGGCAAAUACUGAGUAGUGUUUUAAACUCAGAAAUAGAGCUUCUAUUAUGAACACAUGAGAAUGAUUUUUUUCUCUUAAUCAUUAUUAAGGAAAUAUUUUAAUUUCAUGGUCAUAUAAUGGUGAUAAGUAAUACCUGAUUGUUUCCUUUUCUGUUCUAGUAACUCAGAGGAGAUACGUGUUUUAUUUGUGAUAGCAAAUUCCUAAAUGAACAUUAGGCAAGUGGUAUCAUUAUCAGGCCAGCUGCAGCCUCUUGCCUUGACCUGCAUUCCUAGAAUUUCUUUGUUGCUGUAAUUCUUGAUUAAGUGACCUUGACUUUCAUUUUGUAAUUUUGCUAAUCAUCAGCAAAUUCAUUUGCAUGACGUUACUGCCAAAUAUGAAGGCAGUUGAAUUAUUAUGAGUGAUUGUGGCAGAGGUUUGUGCCAUGGUGAAAACUUUGAUGUUUGUCUGUGUUCAUUGGAUCCAUCUUUUUAAAUGACAUUACCAUGAGUCUGUUGUCAAACCUAAAUACCUUUGUUUGAAUUUAAAAUGGGACUCUAUAUUGUUGUAGUUCAGGUCUUCAUUGACUAAGAGAUUGAGAGAAAUCUGACAUAAGAAAAUAUUGUUUUCACUGCAGGAAUAAAGAGGAAGUAACAGUGAA